CAUUUCUUUCCUUUAAAAGUUAUCUUCAUCCUCUUCAUCAUCCUAAUUUUCUCUUUGUUUCUUCAACGGUGAGAUUAAACAGCACAAUGGGUCUCGCAUCGAAAAUGGCCGCGGCGCAAGGCGCUGCUGGUGCCUACGGAGCUCCUCAACCCCCAUACCCAGGUGGUCCAGCUGGCGGGCAGCCUCCUUAUCCUGGAGGACCAGCUGGUGGACAGCCUCCAUAUCCCGGGGGACCUGCACAGGGUGGACAGCCGCCAUAUCCCGGCGGAGGUGCGCCAGCGUACCAAGCUUAUCCAGGAGCGGCGCCCCAGGGUCAGGGUCCACCACAGGGUCAAUACGGACAACAGCAAGCAUACGGUGCUCCUCCUCCACAGCAGGGUUACCCACAACAGGGUGGACAGAAACCAGUCCGCCAGGCACAGACAAACCCGCAAGCCUACCGCGGGCUUCUCCAAGCAACAAUCCAGGAGAAGAAUCUCCAAAGCUUCUUCUCGAACCCAGCCACUCUCGAUCAGAUAUGCCAGGGUGCGCCUGGAAAAGUGCAGCACUUGGUUCAGACAUGGAAGGUUGAGCCCGAGGUUGGGCAGGAUAUCGUCAAGCUUGCUCUAUUCGAUAUCAUUCUUUACGUUGAUGACAGUGGAUCCAUGCAAUUCGAAGAAAAUGGCGAGCGCAUCUCAGAUCUCAAGCUCAUCCUCUCCAAAGUCGCCUUCGCUGCCUCCCUCUUCGACUCCGACGGCAUUGAAGUCCGCUUCAUGAACAGCGAAAUUCAAGGCAACAACAUCCGCAACGAAGCCGAAGUUGAGCAGCUCAUCUCCCGCGUCCAAUUCAAGGGUCUCACACCCAUGGGCACCCAGCUCCGCAACAAAGUCCUCGAGCCGCUCGUCAUCCAAAAAGUCCGCUCCAACCAGCUCCGCAAGCCCAUCCUCGUCAUCACAAUCACCGAUGGCCAGCCCGCCGGCGAAGCCUCCACCGCCGUCUUCGACGCCAUUCGCUACACAUCUGGCGAGCUGGCCCGCUCGCCUUACGGUAAGGGCGCCGUGAGCUACCAGUUCGCUCAGGUCGGAAACGAUCUCAAGGCGCGCGAGUUCCUCGGCAAGCUAGACGACGAGCCUGGAAUCGGCGAGCUCAUCGACUCCACCUCCAACUUCGAGGUUGAGCAGGAUGAGAUGUCGCGCGCCAACCCACCGGUCGAUUUAACCCCCGACCUGUGGCUGUGCAAGCUCCUCCUUGGUGCCAUAGAUUCAAGCUACGAUACCAAGGACGAGAAAUCCAACAGGCCAGCCGGCGGACAGCAGGCAUAUGGAGCACCACAGGGUCAAUAUGGCGCUCCCCAGGGUCAGUACGGCGCCCCUCCCCCAGGCGGACAGCCGCCCUACGGCGCACCUCAGGGACAGGGCCAAUACGGCGCUCCUCCACCAGGCCAGUAUGGUGCUCCUCCUCCAGGCCAGUAUGGCCAGCAGCCUCCAUACCCUCCCCAGGGACAGGGGCAGUACGGCCAGCAGCCUCCUCAGGGGCAGGGACAGUAUGGCCAGCAGCCGCCUUAUGGGCAGCAGCAGGGUCAGUACGGUGCGCCACAGGGUGGACAGCAGGGAUACCCGCCGCCACCGCAGCAACAGGGCCAGUAUGGACAGCAGCAGUAUGGUGCCCAGGGGGGAUAUCCGCCACAGGGGCAGGCUCCGCAUAAACCACCUAAGUACUAGACAUCCCUACGUCAUGAUGGUGGGGUAGUCGAAGUCGGGGGGUUGUGGAUUGUGGUUUCUACAUAACUCUAGCAAUGAAGUAGGCUUUGGCCAGAUUUUACGUGUGAUGAAUUGGCUAUCUUCUCGAGUACUCGCUGGUAUUUUAUCGAGGAUGGAUGUAUUUUGAUAUUAAUGUGAC